AUGACAACACUGACACAAAACCAAAGCGAACCCUUCAAGUUCUCCGAACACUACACAGGCUAUCCACCAUUCUUCACUCUUCAAACGUCCGCCUCCGCCAGGCAGGCGCAACUCAAGCGCUGGUCCCGUCUUAUCCAACGUUACUGCCGACAUUACAAGAUCUUCCAGAUAUCAAUAGUCGAUUAUCAGGACAAGGAUCUGUUCAGAAAUGCCAAGCUUAACAAGAAGUUGUAUCCUGAAGACAUACGGACAGUCAUAGAUUUUAUGGUCAGCCAGGAUGGACAGCAGCGUGCAGAAUGGGUGACCAGCGCGAAGGCCAGUGCUUGGAUAUGGUGGCGGCGACCAGAGGAGUGGGCAACCUCAAUUGCAGCGUGGGUGGAUGAGACGGGUCAGAAGGGCUCUGUGCUCACCCUAUACGAGAUUGUCGAAGGAGAUGCUUCUGAAAACCAAGAGUUCCAUGGUAUGGAUAUGGAGGUGUUAAGAAAAGGCCUUGCUGUGUUGGCAAAACAGAACAGAGCCCAAGUUUUUGGAACGGACGAUCAGCAAGGCGUCAAGUUCUUCUAG